AUGCGCUCUCCCAGAUCCCUGAAGGACAUCCAGCAGUUGAACGGAAGGUUGAUAGCACUAAAUCGCUUCUUAUCAAAGGUGGCUGACAAAACCCUCCGCUUCAUGAAAGUAUUAAAAGACUGCCUCCAGACCAGUAAGUUCAACUGGACCACUGAGGCCGAAGCCGCCUUUCAGGAAAUGAAAACAUACAUCUGUAAGCUCCCGACAUUAGCCACCCCGGUGCCUGGAGACCCGUUGCUCUUUUACCUAUCUGCCUCGAAGACGACCAUAAGCGCGGUCAUGAUGGUGGAACGGGAGGGGAAACAGAUCCCCAUAUAUUUUAUCAGCAGAACACUUAGGGGGCCCGAGGAACGAUACAUGCCUUUAGAGAAACUUGCGUUGGCCCUGGUCUUUGCAUCUCGGAGGCUCAGAAGGUAUUUCCAAGGGCAUAAAGUCACCUUAGUAACUGAUCAACCCCUUCAGAAAGUGCUUAGAAAACCAGAACAGUUGGGACGACUGGCUAAAUGGGCUGUAGAGUUAGGGGAACAUUCUCUGGAGUUUAAGCCCAGAACGGCCAUGAAGGGACAAAUACUGGCUGACUUCCUAGCAGAGGUCCCCGAGGAUGAAGAGAGGGAGCUACUAAAAUGGGAAGCUUUGGAGGAGGAGGAAAAGAAAAGGGAAGACGAGGCUGUGUGGAAGUUGUUUACCGAUGGAGCAUCCAGUGAAGAAGGGAGUGGUGCAGGUAUCACGCUGGUAAGCCCCGAGGGGGUCGAGUUGACAUAUGCUAUAAGGUUGGAUUUCGAAAACACCAACAAUACCGCCGAGUAUGAAGCCCUCUUAGCGGGGAUGAGACUGGCACAGAAGAUGAAAGCAAAACACGUGGAGGCUAGCACCGAUUCACAGUUGGUGGUAAAGCAGUACCAGGGGGAAUAUGAAGCCAAGGAUAACACCAUGGCUCGAUGUGUGGCGAAAGUUAAGGAGGCAGCUAAGACAUUCAGAACCUUCAAACUAGAAUACAUCCCUCGUGGGAGGAACAGGAAGUCUGAUGCACUCAGCAAGUUAGCUUCGGUAGCAUUCGACCAUCUCGCGAAGGAGGUCAAAGUAGAGGUUCUAACAUCCCCCUCCCUUAACACAGCGGAAGUGGCUACGAUUGAAGGUCCUCAGGAAACAUGGAUGACCCCAAUCAUCAAAUUCCUCCAGGACGGGACUCUACCCGAGGGGGAAUGGGCGGCCAGAAAGAUAAGGGUCAAGGCCCUACAAUAUGAACUGAUUGGAGGGGAGCUAUAA